CGGCGGCGGACGCGGCGGCGGGGGUCGGCCCGGGGCUCGGGGCCGCGAAGGGCUCCAGGUGAGGGGACUCUCCAGGGCCCUGUCCCCAGGCUGCAGUGGCUGGCUGGACUUGGACUGGAGCAGAAGCCUCCGGAAGGCAGCCUGGCCACCAUGUCCACAUUCAGGCAGGAAGAUGUGGAGGAGUACUAUGAGAUGGGAGAGGAACUGGGCAGCUGGUUCUCAUCCUUUAUAUUGCGAAACUGCCGUGGCCAACAUGGUGACAUGUAUAGCUCUGCGCUCACGGACGGCUAUGCCUAGCAGCGGCCAGUUUGCCAUUGUGCGGAGAUGUCGGCAGAAGGGCACCGGGAAGGAGUACGCGGCCAAGUUCAUCAAGAAGCGCCGCCUCUCGUCCAGCCGGCGCGGGGUGAGCCGGGAGGAGAUCGAGCGGGAGGUGAACAUCCUGCGGGAGAUCCGGCACCCCAACAUCAUCACACUGCACGACAUCUUCGAGAACAGGACCGACGUGGUGCUGAUCCUCGAGCUGGUCUCGGGUGGGGAGCUCUUCGACUUCCUGGCCGAGAAGGAGUCGCUGACCGAGGACGAGGCCACCCAGUUCCUCAAGCAGAUCCUGGACGGCGUCCACUACCUGCACUCCAAGCGCAUCGCCCACUUCGACCUCAAGCCCGAGAACAUCAUGCUCCUGGACAAGGACGUUCCCAACCCACGCAUCAAGCUCAUCGACUUUGGCAUCGCCCACAAGAUCGAGGCGGGGAACGAGUUCAAGAACAUCUUUGGCACCCCAGAGUUUGUGGCUCCUGAGAUUGUCAACUAUGAACCGCUCGGGCUGGAGGCCGACAUGUGGAGCAUCGGCGUCAUCACGUACAUCCUCCUGAGCGGCGCAUCUCCGUUCCUGGGUGAGACCAAGCAGGAGACACUGACCAACAUCUCGGCCGUGAACUACGACUUUGACGAGGAGUACUUCAGCAACACCAGCGAGCUGGCCAAGGACUUCAUCCGACGGCUGCUCGUCAAGGACCCCAAGAGGAGAAUGACCAUCGCCCAGAGCCUGGAACAUUCCUGGAUCAAGGCCAUCAAGCGGCGGAACGUGCGCAGCGAGGACAGCGGCAGGAAGCCGGAGCGGCGGCGGCUGAAGACCACGCGCCUCAAGGAGUACACCAUCAAGUCCCACUCGAGCAUGCCCCCCAACAACACCUACGUCAACUUCGAGCGCUUCUCCCAGGUGCUGGAGGAGGUGGCGGCGGCCGAGGAGGGCCUGCGGGCGCUGGAGCGCAGCAAGCGGCACUUCCGCGAGGACAUCGAGGCGCUGACGGCCAUCUACGAGGAGAAGGAGGCCUGGUACCGGGAGGAGCAGGCGAGCAUCGGCCAGGACCUGCGGCGGCUGCGGCAGGAGCUGCAGCAGGCCGAGGCGCUCAAGCGGCAGGCCCAGGAGGAGGCCCAGGGUGCGCUGCUGGGCGCCAGCGGGCUCAAGCGGCGCUUCAGCCGCCUGGAGAACCGCUACGAGGCCCUGGCCAAGCAGGUGGCGUCGGAGAUGCGCUUCGUGCAGGACCUGGUGCGCGCCCUGGAGCAGGAGAAGCUGCAGGGCGGCGAGUGCGGCCUGCGCUAGGGUCCCCGUGCUGUCCUCGCGGCCCAGGGGGCCCUCCCUGCUGGCCCAUGCACGGAGGCACCUGGACUGGCUUCUCUCUUGCAGCCCUCGAGAGCGCUUGGCUGGAUGCCCGUGAGCUCCCCGGGGCCCAGGCAUCCAGCCCCUUGCUCCCCGAGCCCUGUCCCAGGAGGGGUGGGCAGCAGGGCGGCAUGGCGACUUCGGCACAGCCCGCAGUGCCAGCCAGCCCCUCCUGCUCCCUGGGCCUGUCCCCUCUGCCACAUCGGCCAUGCUGGGCUCUUCUGGACACCGUCUCCUUGGAACACUCGAGGAGCUCGGACCCCCUGGAUGGAACUGGCCGUGGUGGAUGGAGACAUGUCCACAGGGCGGCAGGGGGCAGCCUGGGUGCAGGGUCGAGGGCGCUGGAGGGGGUCUGGCUUGGCCACCCACACCCUCUCUGGCCCGGCCUGGCGCGGGAGGCCUUGGCUGGCAGCUGAGCGUGCUCAGGACGCUGGGGUUUGCGGGAACUCGGGUCGAGGCCUGGCAGCCCAGCUCCCCCUUUCCAGAGAUGGAGACAGCUGCUUCCUGCUCAGCAGUGGCCGAGGACCCUGAGCCCACCUCCCCCCGUCCCCCUGUCCUGACCACCGAGCGCUUGCCCCUUGCCGCCGGGCACUUGGCCCCAGGGACAGGGUCACCUGGGGGAGGAGAUGGUGGGGGCAGCGUGUGGCUGGGCGUACCCCAAGGCGGUGAAGGAGACGGCUCCUGGGACCCUUGGCGCUGACAUCCUGGGCGUUCUGGGUGAGGCCGGCCGGGGAGCCCUUCCUGCUGGCCUCGGGGUGCCCCUGUUCGCACUCACCAGGUGCUCGCAGAGCGGCCGGGCUGGAAUCCCCUGCAGCCCCGAUCACAGCAGGCACGCGCGUCCAGCAGCACGGCCCCUCCACCCUCGGUGCUCAUCCAGGGAAGGUGUCGUCCCGCCGGCCCUCUCGGUCCCUCUUGGCCCCCCUCGGCUCAGGGUGGGCUGCCUGGAUCGGCGCCCGCAGAACACCCUGCAGGAGAGCACACCCGUGGUGUCCUUCCGUGGAGUCCCAUGUCCCUCGGCCUAUAAGGCCCCGGGCUGUCAUGUGGAUGCAAACCCGCUUCCCUCCAGAUCUUCUGCUGUUUCCCAAACGAACCUGGCCGGGAACCAGUGGCUCUAGGGCUGGCGCCAGCAGUGCCGCUUCCUACCACUAGGGGCCGCCCUCUCACCAGCUCCUGGGAACCGGCCAGGGACGCCGGCCGCGCGGGGAGGGAGGCUGCAGCCCCGGUGGGCCCAAGAGGAGGCCCAGGGCAGGGCAGGCCGGGCUCAGCACAGGGAGCCGGCGGGGGCGGGGGGCAGACUGCUGGCUGGGGGGCUGGCCACGGACCCCUGAGCUCUGUCGUCAGGCCCAAGCCCAGCUGUGUGCAAGGCACCUACUAAAAGCAAGUACAAGUCUCGUUUGCCCAGUGUUCCGGUGCUUUCUGGGUUCAGGAAGCUAGUUGCUGGGAGCGUGACCUCUUCUGCAUUGCAGUUUGUUCUCUCUCUGCACCGUGGGGAGAGGAGGGGAGCCAGGCUCAGCCCAUUGGGGCUCUGGCGGUCUCGGAGGCAGCCUGCUCCUUUCCAUUGCAACUAGAUGGACUCUGGGGGGCAGCCAGAGUCUGGGGCCACAGGGUGUCCUGGGCUGAUGCUGCCAGGUCACACCCGAGGGCCCCCCAGGUCCAGGGCACCCCCAGUGCUGCCCCCUCGGCGGGGCUGGUCCUGGAUGCAGAGCCUCGGGGCCCUGUCGGGCCUGGGCUGCCUCUGGGUUUUAACUUAAACAUUGUUUUCUUACUGAGCUGUGGGUCCCACACCACACUCUUUAGGAAUGUUUGCAAGGUCGUGCAGCUGGCUCUGCUGUGGAGUCCUGGCUUUUCAUCACCCCCAGGGGACACCCCAUCCCUGCCAGCCCCAGCCCUUGGUGCCCACCCGUCUGCUUCUGGUCUCCAGAUUCACCUAUAAAUGGGGUCAGACAUUUGUC